AUGGCAGACGCUCUGACAAAUCAACUAGAAUCUACAACCUUAGCUGGUGAGGCUGGGCCAGAUGAUUGGAAGAAGGCACUAAAGGUUCCUGCCAAGGACACAAGACAUCAGACGGAAGAUGUUACCGCCACCAAAGGGCUGGAUUUUGAGGAAUUCAAACUCAAGCGGGAUCUGUUGAUGGGGAUUUUUGAGGCUGGAUUCGAGAAGCCAUCACCGAUCCAAGAAGAGGCUAUCCCUGUCGCCCUUACUGGACGAGACAUUCUCGCUCGUGCAAAGAAUGGCACUGGCAAAACUGCCGCGUUCGUUAUUCCAGCGCUCGAACGCAUCAAUCCUAAAAGCUCGAAGGUCCAAUGUUUGAUUCUUGUUCCAACCCGAGAAUUGGCUCUGCAAACAUCUCAAGUGUGCAAGACACUGGGAAAGCACCUCGGCAUUAAUGUUAUGGUUACCACGGGUGGUACAACUUUGCGCGAUGAUAUCGUACGCUUAGCAGAUCCGGUUCAUAUCAUCGUUGGCACACCAGGCAGAAUUUUGGAUUUGGCUGGAAAGAAUGUGGCCGACCUCAGCGAAUGUCCUAUGUUCAUCAUGGACGAAGCUGAUAAACUCCUCUCACCUGAAUUCACCCCUGUAAUUGAACAACUUUUGCAAUUCCACCCGAACGACAGACAAGUCAUGCUAUUUAGCGCGACCUUCCCUAUCACCGUCAAAACCUUUUCAGACAAGAAUAUGCAGAGUCCUUACGAAAUUAACCUUAUGGACGAACUGACGCUUCGCGGUAUCACGCAAUACUAUGCUUUUGUGGAGGAAAAGCAGAAGGUCCACUGUCUAAACACAUUGUUUUCCAAGCUCCAGAUUAAUCAAUCGAUCAUCUUUUGCAACUCCACAAAUCGGGUUGAGUUGCUCGCAAAGAAGAUUACCGAAUUAGGAUACUCAUGUUUUUACAGUCACGCUCGAAUGAUUCAAGCGAAUCGUAACAGAGUGUUCCACGAUUUCCGCAAUGGUGUUUGCCGAAAUCUUGUUUGUUCUGAUCUGCUCACCCGAGGUAUUGAUAUACAAGCUGUCAAUGUUGUCAUCAAUUUUGAUUUUCCAAAGAACGCUGAAACGUAUCUUCAUCGUAUUGGUCGAUCUGGUCGUUUCGGGCAUCUUGGUCUUGCGAUCAACCUGAUUAACUGGGAGGACCGCUUCAAUCUUUAUAAUAUUGAGCGAGACUUAGGAACCGAAAUCCAACCAAUUCCGCAGACCAUCGACAAAAACCUCUACGUCUACGACAGCCCAGAGAACAUUCCACGACCGAUUUCAAACUUCCAGACAAAUACCCGUCAGCCUAGCGGAAGAGAACAACCUCGGGAACCUCAACAGCAGUCUGGCAACCAAAGACCGAACACUCAAGGUGGCUAUAGCAACGGUCGACAGAACGGCUCAAAUCAGAACCAAGGCCAGAGACAACCACAGGGACAGCGUCAAGGCCCAGGACAAAAUUUCUCUCGUGGGAAUGGCAGGUUCGAUCACAAUAACCGCCGUGGAGGAGGGGCCCCAGGCGGUACUCAGAGCCGACAGAAUCAGAAUCAGACCCCAAAUGGCUACGAAGGUCAAGGACGAGGAGGGGGCCGCGGCCAACCCCCUCAAUAA